AUGGAGCAAAACAAGCGUGUAGAUAAGCCACUAUUGACACAUUUUAAAACAGAAUCAGAUAAACUUACUACUCUUAAACGAGAUCAUGAUAAACUUCAUUUAUUGUUCGCAAUUGCUGAAGAUGAAAAGUUUCGACAGUUAUUAUCUACAAAAAUAAUGUUUGGUAACACGUUCCAGGAUUUAAAUCAUUUCACAAUGUUCAUGAAAAAAUAUUUGAAAAAAACUGUUGUAUUUAUUAUCGAUGGUAUUGAUGAAAAUCGGUACCUUUUCAAAGAGCGUUUUGCGAACAAAGAAUCAGUAAAAUUAUUUUAUCACUCUUCAGUUUCUCAGCGGAUUCUUUCAGCAGUAAUGGCUCAUAACUUUCAUUUAUCAUUAUUUUAUCCUGCAAUUGAUGAUAUUGAUCUACGAGAUGCCGUUGGUCGGAAUAAUAAAUUUCCAACAUAUGAAAUGAAUUGGAAUACAAAAUCGCUAAUGGAUUACGCUGAUUAUCUCCUGGAAGACAUGAAUAAAAACGCAUCAACAUACCGAUGCAAGUCCUUUACAGAUUUUAAAACACUUGUGGGCUAUUCGAAUGAAUGCAUUGCAAGUAUUAUUGAUGAGAUUCGAACGCCAAGAGAGCUUAAUUACUUCACGGUUGAACUUAUCCGUGAAAUGAAUAAUUGUGCAAAUGAUGUUAAAAAGCCGGUCAUAGCUACCGUUCAGAAUGUUAAGGAAGCUCAUCGUAAAUCGGUGAAGCAUGUUCAUAAGGGUGAUCGGAUUAGAGAAUAA